UGAAAGACACCAAUAUUCAUAUACAAGUUACCCAAAGGAGCAAACAGUUGAAAAAAAAUUUGUGAAACGUUUCAAAGAAAAUAAACUACAAUAUGAAGGUCUUUAUCGUACUUUUGGCUCUAUUUGCUGUGUCUUUAGCAGCACCAAUAGCAAACACAGAGAAGAAAACUGCAGAGGUCGCGGACGUUUCAGCUGUUGAAAACAAAGUUGAAAUUCCUGCUGACCAAACUGCGGAAACUGAAACUAAAGCCGAGGAUGAAGGUAAGGCCGAGGAGGAUGCAGACGAGCCUGAAGAAGAUGCUCCUGAAGAUGAAGCCGAUGAAGCCGAAGAGGAAGAAGACAUUCCUCAGGACGAAUCAGAAGAUAUGGAAUUAGCCAUCCCAGAAGAUGAGGAAUUUCAGUUCUUUGAUGACGAAACCGAAGAUGCCCCUGAGGAGGAAUCAGACGAAACCGAAGAUGCCCCUGAGGAGGAAUCAGACGAAACUGAACAUGUCCCCGAAGUGGAAUCUGAUGCUCCGAAAGAGCUUGAAGCCGAAGAUGCUGCAGAGACCCAAACCGAAGAAGUUCCCGAAGGUCUGUCUGACGAGACCGAAGACCUUCCUGAAGACGGGUCUGACGAAACCGAAGGCCUUCCAGAGGAAGAGUCUGACGCAACCGAAGACGUUCCUGAAGAGACCGAAGACCUUCCUGAAGAAGGGUCUAACAAAACCGAAUACCUCCCCGAAGACGUACCUGAAGAGACCGAAGACCUCCCCGAAGACGUACCUGAAGAGACCGAAGACCUCCCCGAAGAAGGGUCUGACGAAACCGAGGACGUUCCUGAAGAGUCUGACGAAACCAAAGACGUUCCUGAAGAGUCUGACGAAACCGAAGACGUUCCUGAAGAGUCUGACGAAACCGAAGACGUUCCUGAAGAGUCGGACGAAACCGAAGACGUUCCUGAAGAGUCUGACGAAACCGAAGACGUUCCUGAAGAGUCUGACGAAACCGAACACGUUCCUGAAGAGUCUGACAAAAGCGAGGAAAAAUAAAGAGUGGGGCAAUCAAAAAUGCUCAAACACCAAUUUAAUUUACGUGUAAUUUUUUAAAGCAUCAAUUUUUUUGGCGCAGAUAUCUUUAAAAGAAGCAUGAGCAAAUAAA